AUGGGUGACACAGGUGGACGCAGAUCUGAGGAUACAAAAGGAGCGGUACACCAGAUGCCCUUCCCUGACAACACGUUUGUCCCACUACUCGUCCUCGCUCUCCUCAUUGUUGCGACACAUGCCGCAAAAUGUCCGCAACAGUGUGUGUGCGACCAGAUCCAGCUCACCGUCACCUGUGUCAAUAAGAACCUGACUGAGGUUCCUCCCACGGUGGACGAGAUUACAGUGAAACUGGACCUCCGAGGGAACGACAUCCAAGAACUCCCCACUGGAGCGUUCAGACACACCCCGUACCUGACUCACCUGUCUCUGCAGCGCUGCAACAUCCGUCGGGUGAAGGAAGGCGCGUUCCGAGGCCUGGGCCGCUUGGUCUUCCUCAAUCUGGCAAACAACAACAUUGACAUCCUCUACCAGGAAUCUUUCGACGGUCUGUCCUCACUGAAACAGCUCAUGAUUGACCGAAACCGCGUUGAGGAGAUUCAACCUGGAGCAUUCGCACAGCUAGGCUUCCUCAACCUGCUCUCACUGACACACAACCAGCUGGUCUACAUCCCCAACAUGGCUUUCCAAGGCUUGCAGAACAUCAAGUGGCUUCGCCUCAGCCACAACUCUCUAAACUACUUGGACAUUGAAGCCUUCGCUGGCUUGUUCACGCUCAACCGGCUCAGUCUGGACCACAACGAGUUGCAGUUUUUUCCCACCGAAACUAUGACAAGACUGCCAGAAGUGACCCGCCUGGAUUUGAGCUACAACCCUAUGACUUACCUGGGCGAGGAAUCUGUGUCCAUGGCCAAACUAAGCCACCUCUUCCUGGACCAUAUGUCCCUGCAGGACUUGGCCAACACUGCUGUAUCCAAAUCCCCUAGUCUAACUCACUUGGACCUGAGCCACAACCAGCUACGUGUCAUCCAACCCUUCUCGGAAGGCACCCCGAAGUUGGCACGUCUCCACCUGACCGGAAACCCCGUCUACUGUAACUGCUACAUGCGUCCGCUCAGGGAAUGGGCGAUUCGUAGUAAGGUGAAGCUGGUCGGCACAUGCGCGGGGCCUUUACACCUGUCCGGGGAGCUCCUUGAGGCUAUCCAACCUCCUGAGCUACGCUGUCAGAGCCAGGAGGCCAUGCUGAAAGCAGAGUUUGAAGAGGCGAGUAGAAGAGGGCCGCCACCGACUGAAGAGCCAGAGCGCAAAGUCAAGUGUCCUUCAAACUGUGUCUGUGAGGCCGAGAUACACCAUUCCUCCUGCGAGAACCACGGCCACACCAAAGUUCCUCGAGGUUUCUCUCCCGACACGCGCCUCCUGGACCUGCGUGGGAAUAACUUUCACUACAUCCCAAGCAACAGCUUCCCUGGAGUUUCCCAGGUGGUUUCCUUGCACCUGCAACGCUGCAAGAUCGUAGAGUUGGAGGACGGCGCAUUCAGUGGCAUGAAGGGCCUCAUCUACUUGUACCUCUCGGAGAAUCUCAUCUCCUCUCUCAGCCCUGAAGCAUUUAAAGGACUCCCACAGCUGACUUACCUGCACCUGGAGAAGAACAACUUCACCAUCUUCCCAAAAGGAUCUUUUAAACUACUUCCGGGCCUUCUCGCGCUUCAUUUGGAAAACAACUCCAUUGCCAAGCUGGAAGCCAACUCUCUAAACGGUGCCGAGGGCCUCAGAGCUCUCUACCUCACUGGGAAUGUCAUAGACCACGUGUCACCUAAGGCUUUGGAGCAGGCCACUGACCUCGAUACGCUCCACCUGGCUGGCAACAAGCUCAAAGAGGUGCCUACUGAAGCCCUGAGAAAGUUGAAAAACAUGAAGGACCUCAGGCUGUCGGGGAACACCAUUCGCUGGGUGGGACCAAAUGCUUUCCAGCCUUUGGGAAUAUCACUAAGGGAGCUUUAUUUGGAUAACAUGGGGUUGGAGAAGAUGUCACAUAGCUCCUUGGCAGGCUUGGGUUCAGGUUUGAGGAGCCUUUUCCUGGAGGGCAACAAUCUGGAAGAAGUGCCAGACCUCCAUCCGCUCACCUCUUUGGAGGUCAUCAACCUAGCAGAUAACCCACUGAUGUGCGACUGCCCUCUGCUGCCACUACGCCUCUGGAUUGAGAAAGUCAACCUAAAGGUACGAGCCACCUGCGCCAACCCCCCUGAGCUGAAGGGUCGCAGGGUCAAAGACGUCCACGUUUUCAAGGCCUGCCCAGGAGGCGAAGCUCUUCCUUCUGCUCCGAGCGCUAAAACGCCCAAGGCCACGAAACCCAAGCCGAUGCACCUCAGUAGAGCUAAGCAGGGCAAGAUGCUCAAAAGUAAACUUCCCAAGAAACCAAAGACGAAAGUGGCGAAGAAAAGCAAGAGACUGAGCAUGGCGUGA